UUUCAGUCUGCACGCAAGUGUGCCUGAAGCCGGCUGAUCGGGGUGUCCAUCGCAAUCAUGCUGCUGUGGCUCCUGUCUGGGUCUCUGGUUCUGUUCGGCAGUGUUGAUGUCUGGUACUUCCUGCGAGGCUCAUGGAUGGUCAUCAAGUCCUGGUUUCAGGUUCCGAUUCGAGAUGUUCUGGCCGAGCAGAUCGUACACGGACGGGUUCUCCUGCACGAUCUGGACUACAUGUGCCACAUGAAUAACGCCCGCUACCUGCGCGAGUGCGACUUUGCCCGCUUGGCGCACUGCACCCGGAACGGGCUCUUCAUGGCCGCCCGAGAGCUCAACGCCACGAUGGUGGUCGGAGCCUCGACCAUCCGCUACAGACGCUCUCUGGCGCUCGGCGAAGCGUUUGAGUUGCGAACACGCAUCAUGUCCUGGGAUGAGAAGUCCUUUUAUCUGGAGCAGAGAUUCGUGUCCAAAUCAGACGGGUUCAUCUCUGCGGUGAUGCUGUGCCGACAGAACGUCAUACGCAGCACUCCAGAGAAGAUCUUGGAUUUCCUUUGCAAGAAAAGGGUGGAGUGCCCUGACAUUCCAGAGGACCUGCAGCACUGGAUUCGAUUCAUCACUGCCAGUAGUCAGGCAUUGAGGGCAGAGAGUGGACUCGAGGAGAAGACCAAAUGAUCAUUUUAAAGACACUUACUGUAAGCCUUCCUUGUGCAUGUAAGUUACCCCAUGAGGAUAACCUUAAAUUAUGUAACUUUUCUUUAAAAGGUCAGUUUUGAAAUUGCAAAAGGUAUUGCUGAUCCAGAACAUGGGAUAUUGGAUCGUCCUUAUAUCUGUUCAUCCAUUUACUAUUCCACAUUUGCCCUUUAUAUGGUUUGUGUUAGUUAUAAGCAGGCCCGCACAGAAUCUUCAAAGCUCUAUAGGUUUCAGCAGAAUUUGAACACACAUCAUUCUCGCAUUUCUACACAUUCCACGUCCCUUGUGUGUUAAUUUAAUAAAUAUCUUGGCUUAUUGGUAUGCUUUCAGCUUCCAGCUCUGUAUAUCACAUUUAACUGUUUAAAUUCAUUCCACACAUUUUCCUCCAACAUCAGUGUAUAAAAUGCAAACAUUUCCAGAUUCCUUCUGGGCCUGUCUAGAAAUAUAGAAACAUGAUGGUUGUCUUUACUAAACCACUACAGAAGAUGCUAAAAAGAAAUAAUACUGACAAAACACAGAGCACGAAUCUCUUUGUAGAAAAAUGAACGCAUGAGCGAGUGUUUAAGAAGGACAAAAACUUGACUCCAAACUUGACUCCAUUGAAUUGAACGCUCCCAUGACCAAAUACGCACAUAAACGUAAUUCUUAACUUGAAAGUCAUGUUGGAUGACCGAGUAUUUUUCUUAGUUCUGAGCAGUGAUUUCAAACAAAUAUACAUUACCGGUCAAAACUUUUGAAACACUUGACUGAAAUGUUUCUCAUGAUCUUAAAAAUCGUUUGAUCUGAAGGCGUAUGCUAAAAUGUUUGAAAUUAGUUUUGUUAACAAAAAUAUAAUUGUGCCACCAUAUUUAUUUAUUUCAAAAUUUUAUUUAAAAAAAAAUAUGUUUUUGAAAUUUAUGACUUGGACCAAAUAAUAAAGAAAAGCAGCCAAUAAGUGCCCAACAUAGAUGGGAACUCCUUCAACAUGGUUUAAAAAGCAUCCCAGGAAAAAACCUCAAGAAGUUGGUUGAGAAAAUGUCAAGAGUACAUUUCUGCAAAUUCUAGACAAAGGGCGAUGACUUUGAAGAUGCUAAAAUAUAACACAGUUUUGAUUUAUUUUGCAUUAUGUUUAGUCACAUCAUAAUUCCCAUAGUUCCAUUUAUGUUAUUCCAUAGUUUUGAUGACAUUCCUAUUAUUCUAAAAUGUGAAGAAAAAAAAAUUCAAAAAUGUUUCAAAACUUUUGACCGGUUGUGUAUAUAUAAAAUAAUGUUUUAUCAUAUCACUUAUUCAUGGAUUGUUUGUGUUAGUCAGAUAUGUUAAGUAAUGAUUUAUUCCCAUUUAAAACGAAGGUUUAUUAUUAUUUAUGAGGGAACGUGUAUUUAUUCAAUUAAGAUGUUUUUCAAAUAUUUGCAUUAUAUUUUUAUUUAAGAAUCUGUAUGAAAAAUGUAUCUAAAGGAAUGAAAGUACCUGAAAUGAAACUUGAAGACUUGCAUUAUGAAAUAAAA